ACACCACCAAUAUGGAAGAAGCAACACUGUGAUGAUUCUUUGGUUUGGCAGAACUCAGGCGCUCAAAAUCUUGGGAGGUUCCUGUCGCCGUAUUCUCUCAGAUCAUAUGGUAAUACUCCUAAGAUGAGUUCUGCACACAUCGAAUGCAGCAAACUGAGCCUGCAGAAAUACCAGUCUCCAUAUGGACUUCAGUGCUGUGGUGAUUUCCCCAAACCUCUCAGUCUCAACUCCAAAAGCACAAUGGAGGUAUUUGACUUUGUUGAGGAUGAUGUCAGUGUUUCUGGGUCUGCAUCAUAUAGAAAGAGGACAUUUGGAAAGAAAAGACUUCCAUCCGCAUCACCAGCAGAGUCUAGGCCAUCUCAUUCCAAAGGAAUUGGAGACAAUAAUGGAUUCAUCAUCAUCGACAAUAGCGAUGACAGUGAUAACAGCCAAGGUUCCUCUCCUUCUCUCUCUGUAACCGAAUUCGUCCUCAAGAGGAAGACUAAGAAAGAGCGAUCACCACCAGGUGCUGGGGCUGGAGACUGGCAGUACAUGACUUCAUACAAUCAAAGCAACUCUAUGAUGUCUACGACCAGAGGAGACAUGUUGGGUUCUCCACAUGCAUUUCAACCUCAGAGUCAGUCCUCGUCGAAUUUGCCAAUCAGACGAUGCAUGAAGAGACGGCUUUGUGAGGAUGAUAUGAUUGACACACAGAUUCUGGAGAUCACGAGAUGUAUCAAACGACAACAGAGAGUCACUCCUAAGUAUAACAAGGAGUAGGAGUGUACUGUGUAUUGUGGACUGGGAUGGGAGAGGGCUGCUGGCCAACAAAACACGGGGAGACAACUCCACAUCCUAGACAUUGGGGAAACAACACCACAUCAAAUACAUGUCGGAUGAGAUAACUGCACAGCCAGGACUUUGGAAAAGACAAUUGCCCAGCAACUACUGCAUAGCCAGUGCUGUAGAUAUUUGUGGCCAUUUUUUU